GCGCUGCCCCCCGACGCCAAGCCCCGGCGCGGGCGCAGAGCCUGGGCGCGCAAGCGGACGGCGGCGCACAACUGCGAGUACCCGGGCUGCGGCAAGACCUACACCAAGAGCUCGCACCUCAAGGCGCACAUGCGCACGCACACGGGCGAGAAGCCGUACCACUGCACCUGGGACGGCUGCGGCUGGAAGUUCGCGCGCUCGGACGAGCUGACCCGGCACUACCGCAAGCACACGGGGCAUCGCCCCUUCCAGUGCCACCUGUGCGAGCGCGCCUUCUCGCGCUCCGACCACCUGGCGCUGCACAUGAAGCGCCACAUGUAGCCCCGGCGGGGCAGGCGGCCUGGCCCAGCUGGAGCCACUGUACAUAGCGGGCAGGGCGGUUUCUAGCGGGGUAGGAAGCUUCAGGUUUGGCCCGGGGUCUUUCUCUCUGUAAAGUCUGGGCGGGGGGAGCUAGGGCAGGCCAGGCAGCUCAGGACCUUCCAGACCCCUCAGGACUGAUGGGUGGGUGGGCUGGUCAAAGCCCAGCCACAUGUGGCCCAUCCUGGGGGGAGCUGGGCCCUGGGGGGAGACGUGCUCCCACCCUCUGGGCUGUGGAGGGAAGCACUGGGGGUCUGGGGUGAGCACAGCACUCAGCCUCGGCAGCUGGGCAAGCAGUGCUGGGGGCUUCCCACCCCCCCUUGCAGUCUCUGCACCCUCCUGGUGCUGCAGGAU